AUGGAGCCCCUUGAUGAUGACGGUGUGUUCGCCGUCGAGGAGCUUCUCAAAUCGCGCAAAGUCAAGGGUAAACUCCAAUAUUUGGUGAAAUGGCAAGGGUGGAGUAGUAAACACAACACAUGGGAACCCGCCGAGAAUGUACUUGAUCAUCGGCUCGUCGAGGCGUUCGAGGCGAAACAGAAGGCGACGGCGAAGAAGCGCGGCUCGUCGGGCAGCAAGAAGAGCGAUACAACGCCCGUCGCGACACCGACGAAGAAGCGACGACUCGCUGGCGGCGAAGUUCGCUCGGAAAGCAGCGACAGUAGUGACCACGAGGAGCCGCCAACCACGUCGCGAUCGCGCCGCGCGCCACGACGAAGCAAAGAGGAGGGAAUGACAGUCGAGGCGGAGGAGAAGCAAGAGGAAGAGAAGAAGGAAACGGAGCUGGACGAGGUUAGCAAAGAGCCUGAGGACGAGGAGGAGGAAGAGGAGAAGAAAGAAGAGGAUGGGAAAAAGAAAGAGGAAGGCAAUGAAAGUGAUGAGAAAGAUGGCAAUGAAGCUGGAACCUCGAUGAGUGCUCCUGGUGAGCAACAUCAGGUUAUGUACGGCAAGAUUGUGAUGGAGGGCGAUCAGGAGAUAAUGGAGCUGAUGGUGAUGGAAUUGGAAGAGAAGGAGGAGGAGAAUCUGGAGGAUCAGAAUCUGGAGGUGGAGGAGCUGGACGAGGAGAUCCUACGAAUGGACACGCUGCCGGCGAUGAAGCGAAAUGAAAAAGAUCGGAUAAUAUUCAAGCAUGAUUGGGAUCAAGCCACUGGUGACUUCGUACGUUUAUUAUCGAAUUCUACCGUCCACGAGGUCAAAUUUGACGGCGAACUCGUCGAAAUCAUCGAAUUGUGA